CUGUUUUGUGUGGUGAAAAUUGUGCACAUUACAAAUUUAUUGAAUGACGGAUUGCGUUAACAUUAAUGUAAAAUGGCAAUGUAGACUGGUCGGCUGUGUUGACGUGUGGACCGUCUUGGCCUCGUCUCUUUCUCGUUACUAGUGUUUUUUCCCACGUGUGUCUUUAUGAUGCCUCCUCGAAAGUGCUUAAUUUGAGACGCCUUAUACCAAGAUCGAUCGUGGUGGAUGAGAGAUGGGAAUGAUGCAUCGAACCAUUCUGUUUAUAAAGAUAGAAGUAGAGAUAGACGUCGUGGAGAUAGAAAAAGAAGUCGAUCAAGAUCUCAGUCACGUUCAAGAAGUAGAGAUAGAAGAUUGAGACGAUCUCGUUCUCGUUCGAGGGAUAAAAGGAAAGCUAGAAGCAGAAGCAGAAGCCGAGAUAGGAGGCGAUCACGACGUAGGAAACCUUCUCUUUAUUGGGAUAUUCCUCCUCCAGGAUUUGAACACAUAACUCCAUUGCAGUAUAAAGCCAUGCAAGCUGCUGGUCAGAUUCCUGCAACAUUAUUGGCAGCACCGGGUGCUGCGCCUGUUCCUAUUGUAGGAAGUACAAUUACAAGGCAGGCUCGUCGGCUUUAUGUUGGGAACAUUCCUUUUGGUUGUUCUGAGGAAGAAAUGAUGGACUUUUUCAAUACACAAAUGCAUGCUUGUGGAUUUUCUCAAGCACCAGGAAAUCCAGUUUUAGCAUGUCAGAUCAAUUUAGAUAAAAAUUUUGCUUUUCUGGAGUUCAGAUCAAUUGAUGAAACAACUCAGGCAAUGGCAUUUGAUGGUAUUAAUUUUAAAGGACAGAGUUUGAAAAUUCGACGACCACAUGAUUAUCAACCAAUGCCUGGAAUGUCAGAAUCUCCAACUGUAACUGUUCCAGGUGGAACUAUUCCAGUGGUCCAGGAUUCUCCUCACAAGAUCUUUAUUGGUGGAUUGCCAAACUACUUGAAUGAAGAUCAGGUAGGACAGUUGAAUGUUAAAGAACUGCUUAUGUCCUUUGGCCAGUUGAGAGCAUUUAACUUGGUCAAGGAUAGUGCAACUGGACUUUCUAAAGGAUAUGCAUUUUGUGAAUAUGUUGAUACUUCAAUAACAGAUCAGGCUAUUGCUGGACUGAAUGGGAUGCAACUGGGAGAUAAGAAACUUAUAGUUCAGAGAGCAAGCGUUGGUGCAAAGAACAGUCAGAUGAAUGCUCCAGUGCAAGUUCAGGUACCAGGUCUUAAUCUUACUGGUGGAGCAGGUCCACCCACAGAAGUUUUGUGUCUCAUGAACAUGGUCAUUCCCGAGGAAUUAAGAGAUGAAGAAGAGUAUGAAGGUUAGUUUAUUUAAAUAUCU